UCUGGUUGGUGUUUAACCUGUCUCUCUCUCUGGUUGGUGUUUAAUCUGUCUCUCUCUCUGGUUGGUGUUUAACCUGUCUCUCUCUCUCUGGUUGGUGUUUAACCUGUCUCUCUCUCUCUGGUUGGUGUUUAACCUGUCUCUCUCUCUCUAGCAGCCGAUGGGGAGGAGUUUGUGAGUGUCCUGACUGAGCUGCUGUUUGAGCUUCACGUCGCUGCGACCCCAGAUAAACUCAACAAGGCCAGGAUGAGAGCGCACGAUUGGGUGAGAGAGGUGGAGACACCUGUCGUCACAGAUACCAUCGUGGGGGCGACGGACGAGGAGCAAAGAGGACAACCUGAAAUAAGAGAGGGAGAAGAAGAGAAGCUGGAGGAGAAGAAAGAGGGGGAGAAGCUGGAUGAGAAGAAAGAGGGGAGGAGAUAAAGGAGAAUGAGGAAGAGAAGAAGGAGGGGGAGGAGAUGGGGAGGAGAUGAAUGAGGAAGAGAGACGAUCCAGGUCUGUAGAGGCAGUGUACCUGUGUUCAGUGGGCUCCCUGGCGGAGGUGACAGCCCGCAGUAUCGAGCAGCUCCACAAGGUGGCAGAGUUGAUCCUCCACGGACAGGACCAGGAGAAACCUGCUAGUGACCAGGCUCACAUUCUCACCAGGUUGACGUGUGCCAUGUGUCGGGAGGUGGGCUGCCUUGCCAGGAAGUUCUCUGAUACUCUGCUCAAAGUUGGGGGUCAGAGAAAAGCAGAGGAGUUGAACCCUUUGGUAGACAGUGUGCUGCUCGAGGGUUCCAACAGCACCACAUACAUCCAGAACGCCUUCCAGCUCCUCCUCCCCGUUCUCCAGAUGUCACACAUCCAGACCCAGCGCUCUAGAACCCGCACGGAACCACAGCCCUAACCCUGUCGUAACCACAGUAACACACCUCAUACUGCAGAGGUGCAGUUAGCAUACUAGCUAGUCCUAAUGAUGUAACUAUGUACAGUAAGAUAAUGUGAUAUAUAUAUAUAUAUGAACAGUGACACUGAGGUAAACUACUAGGUGCCAUAGUAACACUGACUAGUAUAUCUUUAAACUAUUCUAUAAUGCAGUAACAUAGUAUAGAUUCAUGUAGGGAACAACUUCUCAGAUUGAAGCGCUUGUACUCAUGUCUAUUACGCCUCUCCAAAUUGAUUAUUUUAUUAUAUACUGUCCAGAGGUAAAUCAAAACAUGAUUCAUAUCAACUGGCUAAUUUAACCGGUUUAUCAGAUUAUGUCUUUAUCGUUUUUUAAAAAGCGAAACCCCCCCAAAAAAUGGUUAUGUUGUUAUUGUCACGUAAACCAGAUAGGCUAACCGCUAGGCUACAUGCAGCGGGUAUUGGUUACUGGGUCCAACGCGCUAACCGCUAGGCUACAUGCAGCGGGUAUUGGUUACUGGGUCCAACGCGCUAACCGCUAGGCUACAUGCAGCGGGUAUUGGUUACUGGGUCCAACGCGCUAACCGCUAGGCUACAUGCAGCGGGUAUUGGUUACUGGGCCCAACGCGCUAACCGCUAGGCUACAUGCAGCAGGUAUUGGUUACUGGGCCCAACGCGCUAACCGCUAGGCUACAUGCAGCAGGUAUUGGUUACUGGGCCCAACGCGCUAACCGCUAGGCUACAUGCAGCAGGUAUUGGUUACUGGCCCCAACGCCGCUAACCGCUAGGCUACAUGCAGCAGGUAUUGGUUACUGGGUCCAACGCGCUAACCGCUAGGCUACAUGCAGCAGGUAUUGGUUACUGGGCCCAACGCGCUAACCGCUAGGCUACAUGCAGCGGGUAUUGGUUACUGGGCCCAACGCGCUAACCGCUAGGCUACAUGCAGCAGGUAUUGGUUACUGGCCCCAACGCUAACCGCUAGGCUACAUGCAGCAGGUAUUGGUUACUGGGUCCAACGCACUAACCGCUAGGCUACAUGCAGCAGGUAUUGGUUACUGGGCCCAACGCGCUAACCGCUAGGCUACAUGCAGCAGGUAUUGGUUACUGGGCCCAACGCGCUAACCGCUAGGCUACAUGCAGCAGGUAUUGGUUACUGGGUCCAACGCGCUAACCGCUA